AUGCCUCUCCUGGCGAACUGCACUUCUCUCGUGGGCCCUUCGGUGAUCCCUGUAUGUGGGCCGCCUCCUUGCCUCUACCUGAUGAUCUUUCAGAUCCGGCCGCUGUCCUGGCCGCAGUGGGUGACCGUGCUCAAGAUGUCGCUGCCCGUCAUCCUGAUGGACGAGGCCCUGAAGUUCCUGGCCCGCAACUACAUCGAGCCGGGCUAUGACCUGGAGCUGGAGGAGGAGCAGGCCCGCAGGAGGCGCGGCCAGGAGGCGGGGCAGGGGGACCUGGCCGACAUGCUGCUCACCCCUGUCCGUCAGGCCCUCAGGGGCGUGUCCUGGUCCUUUGUGCUAGUCUCCGCCCCCUUGCUGAUCUGGAUCUACAGCCUGGACUCUGACAUCACCAACAUCUUCUGGACAUAGAAGAAGGAUGGGGGGAAA